AUGUUUGUCCGCAUACUGGCUAUGGACGCAAGGAUUGCGUCUUUAGAUUGUGAUAACGGCGAAUCACUGUGGCUGGAAUCAGACGAGUCUUCACCCAAACAAGAGUUGCAUUUCCACAUCUCAUUGAUAAUUAUUGAUCUACAUCUGUCGAAAAUGGAAACGCCAGAAGUUAAUAUGGAAGACUAUGACAGCCUAGGAUGUCUCCAUGACAUUUUUCGGAGGCAAGUGAGGAAAACUCCGUAUAAUUUGGCAGUUGUUGAUGGCAGCACUGGUGAAGAAUAUUCCUUUACAGACCUUGAUUAUUGGAGCGACAGUUUAGCAGUAAAACUUGGACAGUGUGGAGUCGGAGUGAAUACGGUGGUUGGAAUAUUAAUGGACAGAUCUUGGCAGUAUGUUGUCUCUGUUUUGGGCAUAUUGAAAGCUGGAGGUGCCUAUCUUCCUCUUGAGGUAUCUUACCCUCAGCACCUACUGGAUUCUGUGCUAGAAGAUGCAAGACCAAUCGUAGUCUGUACCAAAGGAAAAUUUCUUGAUCGCUUUCAUAAAAUGGAGAAGAGUCGUGUAAUUGACAUGGAUAAAUUUGAUGAAUAUAUCAAAUGGCAUGAUUAUUGCAAUAAGAUGACAUCGGCCUCAGUGCCAGUUUCACUGGAUGAUAUGGCCUACAUUGUCUACUCCUCAGGAACAACUGGCAAGCCAAAGGGCAUUCGGUGCCCCCACAGGGGUGCAGUGUUCUCUUAUACGUGGAGGCACAGGGCUUAUCCCUAUAGGGAGGACGAUCGCGAAGCAUGCAAUGUUUUCUUUGUAUGGGAAAUGCUCAGACCGUUGAUCAAAGGAAUUCCAUUGUACAUAAUCCCAGAUGAUGUAAUCUAUGACCCCAAAAAAUUGGUUGAUUACCUCCAAGGAAAUGCAAUAUCUCGUAUGCUAUUCACUCCAUCAUUGCUACAAGCUGUCUUGGAGUUCAAAGGCUUGGAUUUGAAAGGAAAGCUGAAAUCCAUGAGGCAAAUCUGGUUGUGCGGAGAAGUGGUUACAACAAACCUGCGGGACAAGUUGUGUCACUUGUUGCCAUGGAUACAACUGCUCAACCUCUACAGUAUUUCCGAGUGUCAUGAUGUGGCCAAUGCCGAUAUUUCGCUAUCAGUGGCAACAGGAGAGGCGGGAAAAUUUUGUCCCGUGGGUAAAUUGCUACCAAAGGUUCAUGCUGUCAUCAUGGAUGAACACCAAAACGUCAAAGCUAUAGGAGAACCUGGAGAGAUGUACAUAGGCGGUCCAACACUGGCGUUAGGCUACCUGAACCGACCUGACCUGAACGCGACCCGCUUUAUAGAGCGACCGGCGCAUGUGAGUGCGUGUGUGGGGCAGAGACUGUACAGGACCGGCGACUGGGGAUUCCUGCUCAGCGACCGCACCCUGCACAUACAUGGUCGUUGCGACACCACUGUGCGCAUUCGCGGAUACUCUGUUGAACUGCAGGCUAUAGAGAGGACAUUACUAGAUCUAGCAUUGGUGAGUUCAUGCUGUGUGCAGGCAUAUGGAGAGGAAGGCACUGACAAGUAUCUAGUCGCUUACGUUGUUCAAGAACCUUCAACCAAAUUGAAUGUUGGUGAAGUGGGCCAAGCACAGAACAAACUGCGCAAUCUGCUCAAAGAGAGGCUGCCUCUCUACAUGAUACCGUCCAAAAUCAUCUUUCUUGACGAAAUUCCGAUUCUGGAAGCCUCUGGUAAACUAGACAAGAAGAAGCUAGCUGAAAGUGAGAAGGAUUUUGAGCCAGGCUCGCUUCUCUUGGAUGACCAGAGCAUGUCACCUACUGAGAAACUCAUUGCAUCGGUCUGGUGCAACUGUUUGAAUCUGAUGACUGUCGAUGUUAGCGAGAACUUUUUCGACUUGGGAGGACAUUCAUUGGCUGCGACUAGAGUAGUGAGUGAAAUCAAUGAGAAACUCAAUAAAAACCUGGACACCAGCUCAAUAUUCUUGUACCCAACUGUACAGAGUCUGGCGAAAUUUGUGCUGGGAAAUGGAGGCAGUGAGAAUAUCAAGUUGGUUGAAGAGUUGGACUCCAUUCACAUUUCUUACCCUUCAGAACUUUGCUUCUUAUACUGCAUUGUUCGGAAAAAUCCAACAUCCUCUGCAAUGGAUAGAGUGAUUGAGGCUCAGAAACGUUUUGGAUUGCCUGAAGUGGAUGAAAACCUUAUGGAAAGAGUCAUUGCAAUCGAUGGUGACGUAUCUCUGCUCAAUUUCGGCCUCUCUGAUGAUACCUACAAUUCCCUUGCACCGGAAAUAGAUUUCAUAAUUCAUGCAUCGGCUAAAGUCAAUCUGAUAUUUCCGUUUCACUCACUGUACAAGGAUAAUGUGACCGCCACCAAGAAUAUCAUUGAGUUCGCCCUUCACAACAAAGUCAAGCCUGUACAUUACAUAAGUACAAAUGCAGUAUUUGCCGACGGUAUGGUGGGUUGCGGUGAGGACAGUGACAUGUUUGCACAUGUGGAUCGUCUUCAAAGUGGUUACGGCCAAACUAAAUGGCUGGCCGAGCAACUUGUGUUGCGCGCUGCUAAAUCUGGAUUGCCAUGUGUUGUUUACAGAUUUGGCAAUCUAUCAGGCAGUACUAAGGUAGCCAGUUGGAAUCCGUCAGAUUUCACUCUGUACAUGAUCCAGGGUGUCAUCAGAACUGGGGCAGUGCCUGACAUCAAAUGGAAGAUGGAAGUGACGCCAAUUGAUUUUGUGCAAGAAAUGUUUGUGGAGUUGUUUCUGGAUCUGAAUAGCUCGAUUGGAAAAAUCUACCAUUUUGUCAAUGAAGAUCUACUCCCAUGCAAAGAAUUGUGGAAACUAAUGGAGAGAAGGGGCUACAAUUUGAAAUCACUGCCUUACAACGACUGGGCCAAACAAGUGCAUGCUAACGAAGACUUGAAACCUCUGUCACAUCUACUUCAAUCGUUGAUCAAGAAUGAAAAUUACUUCACUAACUUGUCUGAAUUCAAAAAGGAGAGACUGAACAGUUUCAUUGAGAAGAGAAAGGUGACAUACCCGGUAGCCGAUGCUGAGCUCUAUAGCAAAUACCUUGACCAUCUCCACCAAUUGGGAUACAUUCCAGUGGCCUCUAACAGUCCCAGUAAGUCAGAUGCGAGUUCUGUGGUGGACAAAGAUCUGAGCGGCAAAAUAGUUUUGGUGAGUGGAGCUUCAUCAGGUAUUGGAGCCGCCAUUGCCGAGAAGCUGGCUCUGUGCAAUGCAAAGGUCGCCAUGUUUGCUAGAAAUUUAGAGAGAUUGGAGAAUUUGAAGAAAAAAUUGGAGCAGGCUGGAGCUAGCCAAGUGCUUGCUAUGAAAGUUGAUGUCACUAGUACUAGUGAGGUGAAAAAUGCAGUAGAAAUGAUAGAACGGUUGUGGGGUCCAGUGGAGAUUCUGGUGAACAAUGCCGGCUGCAUGUAUUACCAGCUGAUGAAGAACUGCGACGUUGCCAAGUGGUGCGAGAUGAUCGAUGUCAACUGCAAAGGAUCGCUCAACUGUCUAGCGGCUGUUCUCCCCAACAUGACGCAAAGGAAAUGUGGCCACAUUGUAAACAUCACAUCCGAUGCUGGCAAAAUUUCAUUUCCGGGUCUAUCGGUUUACUCAGGCACCAAGUUUUUCAUGGAAGCAGUCAGCUCAGGUCUAAGAAAAGAAUCGAUCGAUGAUAAUAUAAAAGUGACAUGCAUUCAGCCGGGUGAUGUGGCUACAGGUAUCCGAACUAAUAAUGUCAGUGAACAAGAGGCAGUGGACAAGUAUGAUUUUUCCAGCAGCAUGGAAAUUCUGAACCCGUCAGAUGUGGCUAACGCAGUGGUGUUUGCUUUGAAGCAGCCAUCCUACUGUUCAAUCAACGAAAUAUUGAUUGAACCCCAACAGGGACCGAUCUAAUAUCUCAUUAUAUAUGUUUUUGAAACAGUAUUCAUGACAAUACCACGGAGUCUGACUUAAUAUUGUAAUUAGUAUCUAUGUUGAAGUGUUUCUUCUAGCUUUUUAACUAUAAUGUUGUAAUACUCUAAUAAAAUUAGAUCCUAUAUUUCUUCUUAAAAUGUAUGAGAUCAGGCUACCUAUUUUAUUUAUAAAAUAAUAGUUAUAAUUUCUGUGAUUACCAAUGAAUUGCAACCAGAGGAGUUUACUAGCAAAACAAAUACAUAAUUAUUAUAAAAUAAAUAAAACAAUAUAAAAUCUUAAAGCACGUACCCUUUAUUUUUUAAAAAAACUUUAAAAUAGUUUAACCAUAGGUCAUAAUAUGACCUAUAUAUAUGACCCAUAUUAUGUUAAUAUG